AUGGAUGAACACUACAAUGUGUACGACUUUGACGGAGGUAUGUCGAGCUACAAAUAUAUGAUGUCGUCUUAUGUCUCUCCUACUGAAUAUUUGUUAUCAUCAGAAGCUGAAGAUAGCGAACGCUAUUACGACAAUGUAGACGACAUAAGUCACCAACCGCGAAUUAAGCGCGUCUUGUACCCAUCGCGGCUUAUGGUCGACUUCAAGGGCUUAGGGCUUGCAGCCUUAAAGCGCUACGCCAAGUACUACCACCUUAAACUGAACGAAAACACAACAAAGGAAGAUCUGGCAGCUCAAGUGGCGCGUCAUUUUGAUCUGUCGUUAGAGGUAGAAGAAGACGACUCGAUUGUUGCGUUUAUGCAACGUUUGCGUAAUGGCGAGCGGGCGGCAGUGAAGCGUUCGACUGUUCGCGAUAAAGAGCGCAAAUUGCAAGCUGCAGUUGAAAAGGCCAAGCGCAAGUCAAACAGUCGCAAGCGGCAGCGUGAUCACUCUGUUUCUUCUGGUCGCAAUACAAGCAACUUUAAUCAUCACUCGAGUAACGGUGUCUCUAUGAAUGCUUCUAACCACGGACAUGGUAACAGUUACUCGAGCGGGGGGAAUAACACUUAUAACAGUCGAGGGAAUGGGAACGACGGACGCAAAGGUCCACCAAAUAGCUCGAAACUCUCAAAUCUGUCGGGUGGCAAGACGAAAAAGACGAAGAAAGACGCCGAUACCGGCGAAGACAAUGAACUCUACUGCAUUUGCAAUUUGCCAAGCUAUGGCAAUAUGAUUGCGUGCGACGGUAAAACGUGCCCAAAUCCAUCUCAGUGGUAUCAUCUCGAGUGUGUCGGACUGGCCGACGGCCGUCAUCCAGAUACGUGGUUGUGUCCCGAAUGUGACCCUAAGGGCUUUUUGGGUGGUUCCUCUAAUAGUCACAGGAAAAAGAAGAACAAACGCUCUAAGUCUCCUGGGAACAAGUAA